CCGCCUCCUCUCCAGAGGCGGAAACCUUCACUUAGGAGGAGAGGACCCUAUGGACCCUCGGGGGCCAGUCACCCAGUCUUUCCAGAGGGCUGAGAGACCUGGUCGGGUCCACCGUCGGAAGACCAGGCGGGAGCGUAAUGAAGCCCUGGUGGGCAACCGACGGUCAUUGUCCCAUCAGGAUCCUCCUGUGGCCAGUCGGAAUCCACCUAUGGACCUCCAGGAUGCUGUGGCCCCUACUGCUCCCAAGCUCGUGGUUAUAACCCAGGGCAGGCUAAGCCGGGAGCACCGGGGUCUCUUCAACCAUGAGGUGAAAUCUCUGGACGUGGCACGGCUGCUUAGCAGUGGGUCCCUGGAGCCAGGCACCCCCACACUACCCACCAAGCCUUCCCCAAGCCCAGGCAGGGCCCAAGAACCAGCCCCACAGUCAAGGGGCAAGGAGAACCAGGUGCCUGGAGACUCAGGCCCAGGCCCACCUACUCCCCCAGAGGCCCCAGGCUUGGGGCAGCUGCUGGGGGAGCUGCAGAGCCAGCUGAUUCUGCCACAGGCCUUCCCCAGGAGGAACCUAGUACAAGAGGCCAGGGAUGCCAUCCUGGGUACCUUACAGGCCUGCCAUGGCUGUGUGCCUGACCUUACCCUGGUGCUCCAGGGCUGCCAGCCACCCUUGUCAGGGACCAAGCCUGGGGGCCCUGAGAGACGAAGGAUCAACAACCCUGAGCAGGCCCCAAGGCAAGGAAGGCAGAGGAGGAGACAGGGGACAAAGGAAUUCCCCUUUGCCAUGCCUCACACCUCCAGCGCUCCCACUACACACAGGGUGAGCUUGGCACCACCAAAAGGUCCUUGGCCACCCACAUUGCCUUCAUUGCCUUCGACAUCUGUGGCAUCUGCGGCAGCCUGGGCCCCCCCAACAGCAUUUGACCUGCUAAAAAGCAUCUGGCUGGUAGCCACACCACCCCCUCCCUGGCCCUGUGGGGUCAGCAGACCACAGCCUCUGCCUCAGCCACCAUCCCCCUUGUUUCCCCGAACCUCUGCCCUGGACUGGAGUCCCAGCCCCCCUGCCCCACUGCCCAGCCUCUCCUAUGCAGUGGCCCAGAGCAGCCCAGAGGCUUGGUCCUUUCCACCCAUGAGACUGUACUAAGGGGGUUAAUGCUGGGCUAGGAGCAGCACUCCCAAUC